AUGCCUGGCGAGGCGAUCGCAGCGACCAACGAUGUCAAUCGCAUCGAGGCGCCCGUCACCUUCAAGACGUACUUGAUGUGCGCAUUUGCCUCCUUCGGUGGUAUGUUCUUCGGCUACGACUCUGGUUACAUCAACGGAGUCACUGGCUCGGCAUACUUCGUCAACAUCAUCGAUCCUGGUCAAGCUGCUCUCUCUGGUCCCCACAACUCCCUCAUCGUCUCCAUCCUCUCGGCUGGUACCUUCUUCGGCGCCCUCGCCGCCGGUGACUUGGCUGAUGGCAUUGGUCGCAAAUGGACCGUCAUUGCGGGCUGCGUUGUCUACAUCAUCGGUGUCGUUCUCCAGACUGCUGCCCACGGCCUCGGCCUCCUCGUCGCUGGUCGUUUGAUUGCCGGUAUCGGUGUCGGUUUCGAGUCCGCCAUCGUCAUUUUGUACAUGUCCGAGAUCUGCCCACGCAAGGUUCGUGGCGCUCUCGUGGCUGGAUAUCAAUUCUGCAUCACCCUCGGUCUCCUCCUCGCCUCGGGCGUCGACUACGGGACCAAGAACUUCCCAAAUGCGUCCUCCUACCGCAUCCCGAUCGGUCUCCAGUUCAUCUUCGGUGUCAUUCUUGGUGUCGGUCUCCUGUUCCUCCCUGACUCUCCUCGCUACUUCGUCAAGCGUGGUCGCAUCGAGCAGGCUCGCAAGGCUCUUUGCAGCGUCCGCAACCAACCUGCUGACAGCGAGUACGUCGAGGCUGAGUUGGCUGAGAUCAUUGCCAACGAGGAGUACGAGCGUGCCCUCAUCCCGGCAGGCAGCUGGCUCAAUGGGUGGAUGAACUGCUUCCGAGGCUCGCUCAUGAAGUCCAACUCCAACCUCCGCAAGACCAUCUUGGGUACCUCGCUCCAGAUGAUGCAGCAGUGGACGGGUAUCAAUUUCAUCUUCUACUACUCGACUCCCUUCCUCCAGUCGACUGGCGCCAUCGGCAACACCUUUUUGAUCUCGCUGAUCUUCAACUUGGUCAACGUUGUGUGCACGCCAAUUUCUUUCUUCACCGUCGACCGUGUUGGCCGUCGCCCUCUCCUUAUCUGGGGUGCGUGCGGUAUGUUGAUCUGUGAGUUUUUGGUCGCCAUCAUUGGUGUCACCAUCGGCUUCAACAAGACCCACACCGACGCCGCUGGCAACACCGUCGCCAACAAUAUCUCGGCCGUCAAUGCUCAGAUCGCCUUCAUCGCCAUCUACAUCUUCUUCUUCGCCUGCACAUGGGGCCCGGGCGCCUGGAUCGUCAUUGGCGAGAUCUUCCCUCUCCCCAUCCGCUCCCGUGGUGUUGCCCUUUCCACCGCCUCCAACUGGCUGUGGAACUGCAUCAUCGCCUCCAUCACCCCAUACAUGGUCAACAAGGAUGAGGGUAACCUUCGCUCCGCUGUCUUCUUCAUUUGGGGUGGUCUGUGUACCGCUGCCUUCGUCUACUCGUACUUCCUCAUCCCAGAGACCAAGGGUCUGUCACUCGAGCAAGUCGACAAGAUGAUGGAGGAGACCAGCCCACGUACCUCCGCCAAGUGGCGCCCAACUACCACGUUCGCAUCCGAAAUGGGUCUUAAGAGUGGCAAAAUUGACGCCGGCGUGACAGAGGAUGUCGAGCGCAAGGGCUCAAUCUUCUAA